AUGUCGGGAGAAAAACGCCCUGCUCAGGCGGCCUUCGGGUCUACGAACCAGCUUGUGGUCAAGAGGAAUAAAGCCGACGCCGACCUCAACCCCGGCACCGCAUUGGUCAAGGGUUCUUCGGCACAAAAUGGAGCUCUCAUCCAAUCUAUUCCUCGCACAAGCGGCCUCAAUGCGCCUAUCAUGGAGCUCACAGGUAAGAUGCGCUUCCAACCAAGUCGAAAGUUCAGUCUGAUGGGAGAAUUAGGUCACUCUGGGGAAGUUUUCACAGUGCGGUUUGACCCGACUGCGCAGCACAUCGCAUCUGGCUCAAUGGAUCGAUCCAUCUUGCUCUGGAACACAUACGGGCAAUGCGAAAACUAUGGUCAAUUGACAGGGCACAAGGGAGCGGUUCUGGACCUACAAUGGGCACGCGACUCCCGCGCACUGUUCUCGGCAUCGGCAGACACAACACUCGGAAGCUGGGAUGUGGAAACUGGCGAGCGUGUACGUCGCCAUGUCGGUCACGAAGAGAUCAUCAAUUGCCUCGACAUUAGCAAACGGGGGCAAGAAUUGCUAGUUAGCGGCAGUGAUGAUGGAUGCAUUGGUAUCUGGGAUCCCCGGCAGAAGGAUGCUCUGGAUUACCUCGAGACUGACCUCCCCAUUACUGCUGUUGCACUGUCCGAGCAAGGAAACGAGAUCUACAGCGGUGGCAUUGACAACACCAUCCACGUCUGGGAUUUGCGCAAGAAGGCCGUGGUCUACUCGAUGGCCGGACACACCGACACCAUUACCUCGCUGCAGAUUUCGCCUGACUCACAGACUCUUCUAUCCAACUCUCACGAUUCGACUGUCAGAACAUGGGAUAUCCGACCUUUCGCCCCGGCCAAUCGACAGGUCAGAACUUUCGACGGUGCCCCCGUCGGUCUAGAGAAGAACCUCAUCCGUGCCAGCUGGGACCCCAAGGGUGAGAAGAUUGCCGCCGGUAGCGGUGACCAAAGUGUGGUGGUAUGGGAGGCCAAGACUGGCAAGCUUCUGUACAAGCUUCCCGGUCACAAGGGAACGGUCAACGACGUCCGGUUCUCGCCUAAUGAUGAGCCAAUCAUUGUUUCGUGCUCGUCUGAUCGGAACUUAAUGCUCGGAGAACUUGGCAAAUGA